AUGAGCAUCUCAUCAGACACCAAGCAGACCCCUGCGUGGUCGAGUGAUAGCGGCAACUCAUACGCCAUGGUCAACGAUGGCGCCCAGCGUAACCACACACAGACACCCGUUGCCGUCGUGGGCAUGGCCUGUCGUCUCCCUGGCCACAGCAACUCACCCACCCUGCUCUGGGACUUUCUGCAACGCGGCGGUAUCGCGAAGAACGAGCCUCCAGCCACACGCUUCAGCUUGGCCGGGCACCAUGAUGAGCACCGCAGGCCAAGAACGAUGAAGAGCCCCGGUGGCAUGUUCAUGGAGGACGUUGACCCGGAGCAACGUAUCCUCCUCGAGGUUGCAUACGAGUGCUUGGAGAACGCGGGCAUUCCGCUCGAGGCCAUCAGCGGCAAAAGGGUUGGAUGCCUUGUCGGCACGAACAUCGUGGACUAUGCCUCUAUGCAGAGUCGUGACCCCGAGAACCGUCCAGAGUCCGCGACGAUAGGUGUCGCCUGGUCCAUUUUGAGUAAUCGGAUCAGUCACUUCCUCAACGUCCACGGCCCCAGUAUGACAGUAGACUCGGCAUGCUCUGCCAGUCUUGUCGGCGUCGAAGUUGCCUGCCGUUACCUCGACACCCACCAGGCAGACGGAAUGCUGGUAUCCGGUGCCAGUCUCUGGCUGACUCCCGAGCACAACGAAGAGAUCGGCAUGAUGCGCAUGACACAGUCAGCUACCGGCCGAUGCCACAGCUUCGAUGCCAAGGCAGAUGGCUAUGCCAAGGCAGAAGGCAUGAACGUUGUCUACCUGAAGCGUCUUGACGAUGCCCUGCGGGACGGCGACCCGAUCCGCGCCGUCAUCCGCGGCACCGCCACCAACAGUGACGGCCGAACACCUGGAAUCGCCAGUCCCAGCGCCGAGGCCCAGUCGGCUGCCAUCAGGGCGGCAUACGCCAACGCUGGCAUCAAGAACUUCAACGAUACACAAUACCUAGAGUGCCACGGUACCGGCACGCCUGCCGGAGACCCAAUUGAAGUCAGGGGCGCCGCCUCCGUUUUCGCAGGCACCCGCGAGGUCGGCCAGGACCUCGUGAUCGGAUCCAUUAAGAGCAACAUCGGCCACUCUGAGGCCGCGGCAGGCUUGUCUGGUUUGAUGAAAGUCGUUCUUGCGCUCGAGCAUAGCAUCAUCACCGGCAACCCGACCUUUGUGACCCCCAACCCCAACAUCGACUUCGCGGGCUUCCGAGUUCGUCCCACGCGCAUGUCCAUCAAGUGGCCAGAGACAUCUUUGGACGUCCGCCGUGCAAGUGUGAACUCAUUUGGUUUCGGCGGCUCAAAUGCACACGCCAUCUUGGAAAACGCCCCCUUUGCAACCCACGUAUCCUCCUACAAGGAGAUCACGUCGGACUUCUUCGGUGAUGACGAUGAUGAUGAAGACGUGAUCAUCGCCGAGGAUGCUCCGUCAAAGGUACUUGUCUUGUCCGCGAACGAUCAGUCGUCGUUGAAGAGCUACAUCAGCGCGCUCUCGGGGCACCUGAUCAACCCCGGAGUUUCGGUCGACAUCGACGACCUGGCGUAUACGCUCUCAGAGCGCAGAAGUCAUCACUACUACCGCGCUUUCCUUACCACAAACUCCAGCAGCAGCAUUGACCAAGGGAAGAUUCAAUUCGGUCAGAAGGCUGCCUCGAAGCCGCGGGUCGGGUUCGUCUUCACCGGCCAGGGAGCGCAGUGGCCGCAGAUGGGAUGCAGUCUCGUCCAGGCUUUCCCGCAGGCGAGGCAGGUGAUUGAGGAGUUGGACCAGGUCCUCCAGAAGCUUCCCGAUGCGCCUUCUUGGAGUUUGCUUGCCGAGCUGACCGAGGAAAGAAGCUCUGCGGCCCUGCGACAGCCAGAGUACUCCCAGCCUCUCGUAACCGCUUUGCAAUUGGCCAUCCUCGAGGUGGUGAAGGAAUGGGGUAUCAGUCCCGAGGCCGUGGUGGGACACUCAUCUGGGGAGAUUGCUGCUGCCGCCGCUGCCGGCCUGAUCACACCAGACGACGCCAUCAAGAUUGCAUAUUACCGUGGUCAAGCCACCAAGAAGUUCCCUCCCAAGGAGCCACUGGGAAUGUUGGCUGUUGGUGUCGAUGUCGAGACGGUCGAGAAGUACAUUGAACCAGAGAGCAAGGUUCAGAUUGCCUGCUACAACAGUCCUAGCAGCAUUACUCUCUCCGGCGCUGCCGCAGCGCUAAAGUCACUCGAGGAACGCCUGAAGCAGGAUGGCCACUUCGCGAGGUUGCUUCUGGUCGAUGCUGCGUACCACUCGGACUACAUGGCCCCGAUUGGAGAAGUGUACGAGAAGAUGCUAAAGGGUAGCAAGAACGCAUCUCCCAGCAAGCCCACGGCUAAGAUGUUCAGUUCCGUCACCGGUCAGGUCCUGACCGAGGCGCCAGAUGCCGCUUACUGGAAGAGCAACAUGGUUUCCCCGGUCCGUUUCACCACGGCGGCGAAGGAGCUUUUCCAAGACCCGCAAGCUGGUGUCGAUUUCCUCAUCGAGAUCGGCCCUAGCAACGCUCUGUCAGGUCCCAUCGCCCAGAUCAAAAAGACUCUCUCGGGUGCGCCGGCCGACGCGUCGUAUACAUCGGCGUUGAAGCGUGGACCAGACUCGAUCCAGUCCUUGUACAAUGUCGCGGGCCAACUCUUCCUCCUCGGCGGGACGGUAGAUCUCAGGAAGGUCAACCGAACCCACGAGUCGAGGACUCCUUCGGUCAUUGUCGAUCUGCCAAAUUAUUCGUGGAACCACUCUCAGCGGUACUGGCACGAGACGCAGGCCAGCCGUGACUGGCGCUUCAAGAAGUUCAUCAACCACGACCUCCUGGGAUCAAAGAUGAACGGCACCGCAUGGCAGUCUCCCAUUUUCCAAAAGACUCUCCGCCUCGGUGACAUGCCCUGGCUGCGGGACCACAUGAUGGGAAACCAGAUCAUCUUCCCGGGAGCGGGCUACUGUGCCAUGGCGGUGGAGGCCAUGUACCAGGUGUCCAUGUUCCGCUUCCGUGACAUCCGCUUCCUGCGCGCCUUGGUGCUCGAGGAAGAUGAAUCUGCUACUUACACGCUGACCUUGACACCGGCACGAGGGGGAUCGAUCCGCGACUGGUUUGAGUUCCGUGUCUGCUCGACCAAGGACACGGUCUACACCGAGCAUUGCGCCGGCUUGAUCUCUGUGGAGACCGACUACAAGGAGACGCCGGCCCCGAGCGGCUCUCUCAAGCCCUUGGAGCUCGCCACGCCUGCCAGCAUGAUGUACAAGGCGGUUCGAGAGUCUGGCUAUAACUACGGCCCUUGCUUCCAGAAGCAUCUUCUUUUCGAGGCCACCAUGGGCGUGACCGAAAGCCGGUCCACCGUGGCAAUGGAUCCCCCGCCCUCCACGUACGGACAGUCGUUCUAUCCCAUUCACCCGGCCAGCAUCGAUGCCUGCUUCUACAUCGGCAUCCUGGCUAUCUCCAAGGGUGACAUUCCGCUCGUGGGAGCUGUCCACGUGCCGCAGAUCCUGAGCAGUCUCGUCAUUCCCAUGCGCCGCGAACAACCCGCGGAGGCAAUCGCUCUGGCCUCGGCUCGCUUCCUGGGCAUUGGACGGGAGGACCUCCACCGCAACUACGGCUCCGACCUGUCUCUGUACGACCCCAAGGACGGGUCGCUCAUCUUCGAGAUGAAGGGCCUGACCAAGCGCGACAUCGAGACCAGCGAGGAAGAGGGCGCCAAGCACCUCUUCACGCACCUGGCGUGGGAAGCUGACCUCCCCCUGCUUCUGUCCGCACCGGAGCCCAAGCUGCGGCAAUUCCUGAGGGACAGUGGCAAGACGACGAAGGACCUGAUUGAUCUUGUAGCGCACAAGAAGCCAACGCUCAAGGUUCUGGAGGUUAACCUGAGCUCAACUGACGCAUCAAGCCUGUGGGUUCAAGAAGAAUCUAACCCCAUCCGCGGCGCCGCAUCUCAGUACAACUUUGCCGUGAGCGAUCCCGCGACGCUGGUCAGCGCCCAGAGUCAGCUUUCGACCCACGCCCCGUCCGCUCAGUUUGGCUUGCUCGAUGUGAAUAGCUCCGCUGCUAUCGUGCCAGACGUCAAGUUUGACCUCGUCAUCGUCAAGGCUUCGGACCGUAUCGAUGCAACGACGCGAGAUCGGGCUCUGGCGAGCAUCUCCCAGUCGGUAGAUGCCGGAAGCAUUGUGAUCAGUAUUGGCCAGGGGGUCUCAAUCAGCUCGCUCGGCAGUGUUCAAACCAUCGAUGACGAUACUUCCGUUGUCUAUGUCCAAAACACCGAGAAGGUACUGGAGGUGGCAUUGCCGACGGUCAGCUUCAUCAGCCUCACCGGCACCGUCCAUGAGGCGUCCAGCAAGAUUCUGGGACACAUCAUCCAAAGUGGCUGGAAUAUCCAGAAGCUCGCUGACCCUUCUACCGUCACCGCCGGCCAGAUCGUCCUUGUUCUUGACGAGUUGGUGUCACCCAUCAUGAUCAACCCAGACGCAAAGCAGUGGCAUACUCUGAAGCACCUCAUCCAGAAGCAGUGCAGAAUCCUCUGGGUGACUUCCGGUGCUCAUUUGGACGUCAGCAACCCCAAAUCUGCGGCGAUCAACGGAUUCUUCCGAUCCGUCCGCGCCGAAGAGGGUGCCCGCCUCAUCAACCUGGACGUGGAGCGCCCCGAAGGAGACGCCACCGGCGCAGCCAUCGUCUCCUGCCUCGAUAUUCUUUCACAGCCUGACCCCAAGGACCAGCUCGAGAGCGAGUUUGUCGAACGUGGCGGAGUCGUUCAUGUCAGCCGUCUGCUGCCGGACUGGGAAAUCACCAGGCUCCAGGGACAUCACCCCAGCGACCGCAAGACAGAGGUGCUGGACAUCCACGCCAGCGAUACCAUCAUCAACAUGGGUGCGGAGCGUCUGGGCGACAUGGAUUCUAUCCAUUACCACGAGGUGACGGCGGAGCCUCAGCCGCUUGAGGACGGCUACGUCGAGGUCGAGGUUUACGCCGCUGGUUUUAAUUACAAGGACGUCGUUGUCACCAUGGGCAUCGUUCCUGGUGACGAGCGUGAACUGGGUGGCGAGGCGGCUGGCAUCGUCACGAAGGUUUCGCCGAGUGUCACUUCACUCAAGGUGGGGCAACGUGUCGUGGUCUUCACCCCGGCGACCAUUUCCAACCGCGUCCGCACCCGGCCCGGACGAGUGCAUGCCCUCCCUGACUGGAUGUCUUUCGAGGAGGCCGCCACUCUUUGUGGUGUUUACUUGACUUCCAUCUACUCAUUGUUUGACAUGGCAGAUGUGAAGGCCGGCAAGACCGUGCUGAUUCACUCCGCGGCGGGUGGUGUGGGCAUUUCAUCCAUGCAGCUGGCUCAGUAUGCUGGUGCGGAGGUCUUUGCAACUGUUGGUUCUCCUGACAAGAGAGAAUUCUUCAAGUCCACCUUCGGCCUGGAGGACGACCACAUCUUCAACUCCCGUGACACAUCGUUCGGUGACCAAAUCUUGGCUGCGACCGGUGGCUGCGGAGUCGAUAUCAUUCUGAACUCCCUCACAGGUGACAUGCUUGACGAGUCUUUCCGUGUCUUGGCCGACGGAGGUAUCAUGGUUGAGAUUGGAAAGAAAGACAUCUUGGAUCGCAACAGCCUUGCCAUGGAGCCAUUCGAUCGCAAUAUCUCCCUGAGAGCCGUUGAUAUGUCUCACCAGAGAGCCCCUGAUCACCUCAUUGCCCGUCUUAUGACCAAGCUCUUUGAACUACUCGAGGGACGCCACGUCAAGCCAAUCAACCCCAUCCACAUUUUCUCCUUCACCGACGUCGCCAACACGGUUCGCUACCUACGCGCGGGUAAGCACAUUGGCAAGGUCGUCAUUUCCGACGGCCCCGAGGCGAAGAUUUCUGUGCCCGUCCGACGCGCGCCGAAAACCCUCCACUUCCGCGAUGAUGCCACCUAUCUGAUCGUAGGCGGUCUCCGCGGUCUCUGUGGUGCCCUGGCCAUCUACCUCGCCAAAAGCGGCGCGAAACACCUCGCAGUCAUUUCCAGAAGCGGGCACACUGACGAAAAGUCCCGCUCUAUUGUCAAACAGGUCAAAGCCCUUGGAUCAAGCAUCGACCUCCUGACCGCCGAUGUGACCAGCAAGGGCGACGUCCAGCGGGCCUUCAACCAGACGUCCUUCCCAGUUGGGGGAAUCAUUCAGGGCGCAAUGGUCCUCCGGGACCGACCGUUCGACUCCAUGACACUGGAAGAAUACCACCAAGCCGUUGGCUGCAAGAUUCAGGGUACAUGGAACCUCCACGAUGCAGCAGAGAAGCUCGGCCUCGAACUCGACUUCUUCACCAUGCUCUCCAGUAUCUCCGGUGUCAUUGGGCAGCGCGGACAGGCCAACUACGCCGCCGCCAACGUCUUCCUCGACUCUUUCGCUGCCUACCGUCAGAAACGGGGACAGGCCGCGUGCUCCAUUGACCUGGACGUCAUCGAGGACGACGGCUUCAUCGCCAACAACGAUGGGUUCCAGGAGAAGCAUUUUGACAGCCGCACCUUUAAGGGCAUUAAUAACGGCCUCCUGCGGCAGAUCCUUUACUUCUCCAUCCUGCAGCAGGCAGGAAAGUUCCCGGGCUCACCGUCGGCUGCGCAGAUGGUCACUGGUAUUGUAGCGCCGCAGCCUGCUGACUCGGCGCUCUUGCAAGACGCCCGCUUCGCGGCGCUGCGGACCGGUUCCGCCGGGGGCAGGGCUGCUGGCAAGGGCGGCAACAGUGCCAAUGCGGAUGUGCAGGCGCUGCUUCUCCUCCUGAAGUCGAAGUCUGCUGACACUUCGGCACAAGUGGCAGCGACAGGUAUGCAAGACCACAUCUUUUCUCCUCUCCUCCUCGAGGUCCAAUAUGCACAUGUACUAAUCCGGUUCUUCUGUCUAGUGGAUGUUGUAAACAAGUGUUUUGUUCGCAUGCUCCGUCUCUCAGAGCCAAUGGACCCGGCCCGACCGCUGUCAGUGUAUGGCAUUGAUUCGCUGGCGGCAGUUGAGGUGCGCAACUGGGUCCGCAACGAGCUGGGUGCUUUGGUUACCACAGUUGACAUCAUGAACGCGUCCUCGUUGUUGUCAUUCUGCGAGAAGAUUGUUUCAAAGAUCAUGGUCGAAUAA